CCUACUUUCAUUUUCAUGGGUCCGUUCAGUACACAAAACUCCACACCGGCUGAACGAGAAGAAAAUGUCAACGUCUGCGAAGUUAGUAAAGCGUGAUUUUGGUUCGUUUCAUGCUUCAAAUGUACAAGACCUGAUACAUUUAUCUGAUGAAGAGUAUGAACCACCAGCCUUUCCUAGGGGUCUGGAAAUUCCAAGUUUUGUCUCUGAAGAUAUAGAGUUUGGCGAGAAAUUUCGAGAAACACACACACUGCUGGAGAAGCAGUGUACAUUUUUAAACCAUGGUGCAUUUGGAGCCGUUAUGAAAGAAACACUGGAUUAUGCACAGAAAUGGCAAAGAUACACAGAAACACAGCCACUGAGAUUCUUUGACCGUGACCUUUUGCCCCACAUGGCAUACGUCACACGGCGACUGGCGAAGUUUGUUGGAUGCCGCCCUAAAGACCUAUUGUUGAUGAACAACGUUACUAACGCCAUCAACACGGUACUCCACAACAUUCCACUGGAGAAGGGGGAUAUCAUAUACUGUCUCAACACUACUUACGGAGCAGUGAAAAAAUUGUUGAAAUGGAUUUGUCAGCAGAAAGGUGUUGUUCUUCAAGAAGAGACUAUUAAGUUUCCAUUGACUGAAACCAAGCAGGUAAUUGAUAUCGUGAACAGAACACUAAGAAGUGGUACAAAAUUGGCCGUGUUCGACCAUAUUCCCAGUAAUACUCCAUUUAUACUUCCAGUGGAGGACCUGACUAAGAUAUGUCAAGAACGAAAUGUUCCUAUUCUUAUUGAUGGUGCACAUGCACUUGGAUCAUUAGAUCUUCAAUUGAGUCGCUUCUGUCCCGACUUUUAUGCAAGCAACUGCCAUAAAUGGUUCUGUUGCCCCAAAGGGAGUGCCUUUCUGUACGUAAAGGAAGACAGACAACCGCACACCAGGCCGCUUGUUAUUUCACACGGAUUUGGGUCAGGUUUCAACUCAGAAUUCAUUUGGACAGGUUUACAUGACUAUAGUCCGUAUCUGGCUAUUCAUGUUAUGAUCAACUUCUGGGAUGACAUUGGCAAAGAGCGAGUUUUCAAUUAUAUGUAUACUCUUCGCAGAAAAGCAUGUGAUAUGCUAAUGAAGGAAUGGGGGACAACAUUACCCGUAUCAGAGGAUUUAUUAGGUAGUAUGUGCCUUGUGCGGCUUCCUCCAUCUUUGUACAAGGAAUUAAAAGAUGUGGAUUAUUCGGUCGCCGAAAAGAUUCAGAACAUUUUAUACCACAAGUAUAAUAUCGAGGUAAGUGUUAUGAGAAGAACACACCCGAGACAUCUUAUAGGAAUGAAACGUAGUGGGCGUGUUUUGCAUGUUGUAACUAAAAACUUUCAAUCAAAUUUACCCUAUUUAGUUAAAAAUGCAGUUUCAGACGAAAGUAAUCUGAACAAAACAUCCUGCUAGACCUGUGCCCACGAUUCACAGGUCUGACUGGGCUACCCAGUUAAGCAAAUAGAUCUGAAAGGAAUAUAUAAAAAUAUUGCUGAUAUUUAUAUUUUCAUUCAUGUUUCAAAACAAAAUCGGGUAUUAUGAUAUUGUGUUAAUGCACCUUAAAAAUACAGCAAGGAAAAACACCCGCCAUAUUACGGGUCGUGUUAUUGUACGGCACAAUGCGUCUGUCAGCAUCUUGUGGAACAAAUAAGGCAAGGAUCAUCAAACCUAGCAUACAUAUUCCAAAUGAGAAGAGGAAAAAGCCUAUUAUUUUUUCUAGAUCAAAGGUGGCAUUCAAACUAACAUGGAUAAAUUAAUAGGCACAAAACAAAAUAUUAUUUAUACGAAUACACGUAUUUAAAACACCUCGCGAAAGUUACGUCCCUUGUCCGCCAUAUUGGGGCUAAGAAAUCGUACUUCCCUACGUUGACCUUUUUUAAUUUUCUGAUCUUUAGCUUUGACAUUUGUUAUAUUUCCGUCAAUAUUGCAGUCGACUACAAAAAAAGGAAAAGUUGACUUUUCACCGAUUGAACUUUGGCUAACCCUGCAAAGGGACGUUUUACAUACGUAUUUAGAAUAAUUAAACGUGAUACAAAUAUUCAAACAUCGUUGGUCUGUCCAUCUGCACGUCUUUCCCUCUGUCAGCAGAUAUAAACAGUACUUUAAAGGGUGGGAUUAUCGAACUUGGUACAUACUGUAUGUUUACAAUAAAUAGAGAAAGAAAUGUAUCAUUUUACAAAGUCUACAAACUUACAUGGGUAAUUUCAAAGGCACAAAACAAGAUAGAAACAGUGCUACUAGGGCUUGGUUAAUCAAACUUAAUGCACAUAGUCAGCCAUCAUAAAGUUGUAUGGUGCAGUGUGUUUGUCUGUGUUCAUCCAUCAGUACCUUAUAAGAAGGAUAAAGCGUACUAAUCAGGGUAACUAGAUAAUCAAGGUCCACAUGUUUUCCUCGUGGUGAGGGGAAGAAUCCUGUUAUUUCUCAAGAUUUAACGGUUUAUGUCAUACUUUCACGUGCAGGUAUAUACAAAAUCCCUACUAAUUAAAACUCGGUGUAAAUGUUCCACAUGGUGUUUGUACCAAUUAUAUAUCAAUUAUUUUUGAAAAGUAAUGAUUUUGGUUCUCAAGUUAGACUUUUUUCUUAACAAAGUCAUCUUAGAACUAACAUUUUAUUAAAGACUAACCAUAGCUGUAGCGAUUUUUUAUCACCAUUUUAAUUUCUACUUUCGUUUUGACUGGGGGGGGGGGGGGGGACGCGGCCCAUGGGCCACAACGCUCAUCUGAGUUACAUUGGCCCUAAAUAAUUUUUUACAAGAUAUUUUACCCCCUUUAUUCCUACGAAAAUUUUUGACCCCGUAUUAUAACCUCACCUUAGCCCCACGUGGUCAUGACUUAACUGACCUUGAAUCCACACAACAUAGAGAUGCUUCAAUAUUACUAGCAUUACCUUCCUCACUGUGCACAUGCCGAUGACCGUAGUAUAUAGUACGGUCAGCAAAAAAUGGCACAUGACCUGAUUGGUAAAUUAUUUUAUUUUUUUUACAUUCACGAUUUCAAACAGUUGUUUAUUUAGCUGCGUUAGUUACAAUGAUGAUUAAAUACAGUAGCGUAAUUUCGAUGUGCAUGAAACAGUAGAAUAUGUUUAUGACUUAUGUCUCUUUCACAGGUCCCCAUAAAGGCAGUUCAGGGAGAGCUCUACGUUAGAAUUUCAGCUCAUUUGUAUAAUAGUAUGGACGAGUAUUCAAGACUUGCAAAGGCUAUACUGGAGAUACAAUCUUCAUGAAAUCAUGUUCAUAUCAAACAUUAAAAGUAUGACAAAAUGU